GGAAGCCAUGCCUGUAGCCGGGAGAAGUGUUCAUUGAAGUAUCACUAGUUCAAGUCGUGAACAUUUAGAUAUUUAGACAUUUAUUAUUCACCAUGCCAACCUCCGGAUUAGUGUAAAGCUGAAAUAACGGUUGUGAUUGUUUCAUUUUAGGCUUCAACAAUGAAUACGUUGUUUGCGAUCGCUUUGGUGUUUGUUGGUUGCUGCAGUAAUGUUGUGUUUUUGGAACUGUUGGUUAGGGAUUUCCCAGGAUGUGGGAAUAUAGUCACAUUUGCCCAGUUUGCCUUCAUUGCACUGGAAGGGUUCAUCUUUGAGACACACUUUGGACGCAAAAAGCCACACAUACCCCUCAGUAACUAUGUGAUCAUGGUGACCAUGUUCUUUACCGUCAGCGUGAUCAAUAACUACGCCCUGAACUUUAAUAUCGCCAUGCCCCUGCACAUGAUCUUCAGAUCAGGAUCUUUGAUAGCAAACAUGAUCCUCGGUAUUAUCAUCUUGAAGAAAAGGUAUUCGGCGAGUAAAUAUCUCUCCAUCAUGCUGGUGUCUUUGGGCAUUUUCAUUUGCACUAUUAUGUCGGCCAAACAAGUGAGUGUUGAGAAAGGGGCCACAGAGGAAGAUGGUUUUUAUGCCUUCAUGCAUUGGAUUCUGGGGAUCGCCAUGCUGACGUUCGCCUUGCUGAUGUCUGCAAGAAUGGGCAUUUUCCAGGAAACUCUGUACAAGAAGUAUGGCAAACACUCCAAGGAGGCUUUGUUUUACAAUCACUUUCUGCCUUUACCAGGAUUCCUCCUGCUGUCAACAGACAUCUACAGACACGCCGUGCUCUUCAGCCAGAGCUCUCCAGUGGAAAUCCCUGUGAUUGGUCAGUCUGUGCCAGUCAUGUGGUUAUACCUACUGAUGAACGUCAUCACCCAAUACGUGUGCAUCCGCGGCGUGUUCAUCCUGACCACGGAGUGCGCAUCGCUCACGGUUACACUGGUGGUGACGCUUCGCAAAUUCCUGAGUCUCAUUAUUUCCAUCCUGUACUUCCAUAAUCCCUUCACAGCCUGGCACUGGGUCGGCACGGCCGUGGUGUUCCUGGGAACACUGCUCUACACGGAAGUGUGGUCUAGCAUUCGAGCGGCAAUGAAAGGAGAGAAAGCUGACAAGAAGGCAGAGUAAAAUACAGAAGCCCAUUUACCCCACAGAAUAUGAAAAUGAAAUGGGUAAUUGCGACUCUUUAUCUCACAAUUCUGACUCUUUUGUUGGAAUUCAGAAAUAAAACUUAGAAUGUCAGAAAUUCAAACUCAGAAUUCUGAGAAGUCAGAAAAGUUAAAAUUUACUUUUUAAUUUUUUUUAUUCCGUGGUGGAAAGAAGCUUUCAUAGUAAAUUGUAAAGGAAAUGUAAUACCUCUGUAGCUUUGUGCGAGUGUGUUUUGUUGGUGUGUGUCCCAUCAGUAUUCAAUUUUAAGUUAUUCACUGUGGAUGGAUGAGCGCUUGAGGUACACUUGGGCCAAUUUUAUGAGCUGCUUUUGAGCCAGGUGUGUGUAAGUUAGUUAGAGGAUUUUACCAUUUGUGACCCGUUUCAGUAUCUAGGUCUGUUUUUGCAGAAAUAGACACUUUUAUUUUAUUCCUGGCACCAUAUUAACUAACAUAAUGGUCCAGUUUUGCUAGUUUUGUUAGCAUGUUAAGGACUUGCAGAUAUUUUUAAUAAGUGUUUACUACGAGUUAGUGGUAUUUAUUUCUUUUCUAUCUUUAAACACAGCUGGUUUUAGUAAGUCAGUGAAUAUGUUGGCCCACUUACAUGUGUCUUUAUUCAGGUGAUAUGAGAAAGUAAGACAGACUACGAACGAUGAUGCAUAAGCGUUUUAAGUUGUAGUUGCACAGUAUAUCGUAUAUGACUUUUUGUAGUCACCUUCUAAGGUUUCAGUCAGGUUAAGACAAAUACUGUAGAAAACAACUGCCAAUAUUGUAGAAAAUAUCUACACUUAUGUUCAUGAGGCUAGAAUUUGUAAUUUGGCAUGGGUUUGUGUAAGAUGUUUUUUUUUUUUAUCAGCUAACACAAACUGAGACCUCAUAAACUGAAGGAAAUCA